AUGGUCAAUACAGACAAAAAUGGAUUUAAUAAAGCACUCGAUUUAAAUGAUAAUUUAUGUCAAAUUUCUAAUUUUUCUGUUGGACCGAGAUUAUUAGAUGAAGUUGGACAUAAAUCAGAAACUGGUUCAACUGACACAAACCAUGAUAAGAAAUCUAGACUCGAAUCUGCAGGCGGUUUAUGCAAUAAAACUUAUGACACCAAUGCAAAUUUGUCUUUCACUUUAGCGACUGGUGAACGUUCGAGAUCUGAAUUUUCCUCGUUGUUUGGAGGCCGUGCUAAAAGACCAAAUAUGUUGAACCAUCAAUUAUUACAUAACACCCAUGUCAUAACACAUAAAGCCAGUAUACACAACAGACCAGUCACACCUACGAACCGGAUUGGAUACACCUCAACAAGGCGUCAACAUAUCAACCAUGUUACACAUAUCAACGGCUGUAGAUACUCAUACAUUAAGUCACAAUCACUGCCAUCACCGACUAUCAACACUUAUGUUCAUAACACAUCAAUAACAUGA